CUGUGCAUAUGCUGAGUAACCUCUCCUGUCCAUGUGUAGCCAUAGCCAUCAACAUCAAAAGACUUGAAAGUUUUGCUCCAAGUUUUGCUCCUUUUUAAAUCUUUUUUAAGCUGUUACAAUGUCUAGGGAACGUAAACGAUAUUACGAAGAUAACGAUGAUAAACCAAGGAAGCGCCGUCGAGUAGUAGCAGAGGCUGUUGAUAUAGAGGAUCGAUUGGAGUCUUUGAUCACAAGAGUUGGGGAAAAGAGCACGUCAUCUCUUGAAAGCAAUCUAGAAGGUUUGGCUAAUGUACUGGAGGCUGACUUACCUAACUACAAGGAAAGAAUUUUGAAAAUUAUUUGCACAUGUGUAACAAACCUCCCAGAGAAAAUAGCAAUCUACAGUACUCUUGUGGGACUCUUAAAUGCAAGAAAUUAUAAAUGUGGAGAAGAGUUCCUUGAUAUGAUUUUGGCUAACCUUAAGGAUGUGCUUGUUUCAAACCAGUAUGAUAGAGCAAGACUAAUGGUUCGUUUCUUGGCAGACUUGGUCAACUGCCAUGUGAUAUUACCUAUCUCUAUCAUUGAAUUGUUUGAGAAAUUCAUAGCAGCAAGUAUGGAAACCGAUGUUCCUCAGGUUCGCACAGACAUUUUCAUCUACACUGUUUUGUCAGCUCUCCCUUGGGCAGGGAAGGAGUUAUCAGAGAAGAAAGGACAUGAGCUAGAACGAAUGCUGACUGCCAUAGAUGGUUACAUAAGUCAAAGACAAAAAACCCAUGUACCGGCUUUAAGGGUGUGGUCCACAGACGAUGUCCACCCACAAGAAGAGUAUCUUGACUGUCUGUGGGCACAAAUCAAGAAGUUAAAAGCUGAUGACUGGCAGGAAAAGCAUGUUAGAAGACCUUAUCUGGCCUUUGAAAGUGUUCUUGGAGAUGCUCUGCAGCAUUCAUUGCCAUCCUUUACUGUCCCUCCCCAUGCAGAGGGUGCAACCUAUCCUUGUCCUUCUGUUGUAUAUAGAAUGUUUGACUACACAGAUGUGCCAGAGGGGCCUGYGAUGCCAGGAGCUCACUCUGUAGAACGAUUUUUAGUUGAAGAGAGCAUCAGAAGAGUAAUGAAUGCUCAUUACAAGGACAGAAAAGAAUGUGCCAACCAGCUUCUCAAUAUGCCUGGAAAAUCCAAAGUCCCUUUUGACUACUGUUUAGUUGAGGUUAUAUUUUCAGAGAUCUUUAGAUUACCAAAUCCUCGGCACAUUGACCUGUUUUAUGGCUCACUUUUGAUUGAACUUUGUAAAUUGCAGCCAAAUUCAAUGCCUGGAAUUGUUGCUCAAGCCACAGAACUUCUGUUUGAACAUUUAGACACUAUGAACACAACUUGCAUUGACAGGUUUGUCUGUUGGCUGUCUUAUCAUUUAAGUAACUUUAACUUUAAAUGGAGUUGGGAUGAUUGGGCAUCUUACACCAACAACCCAGAAUCACCAAAGUAUAAAUUUAUGGUUGAACUUAUUGAGAAGUUAAUCAGAUUUUCAUACCAUCAGUACAUGGUGAAUGCCUUGCCAUCAGGCCAGUUCCAGAGCCUUGUUCCUCCUCCUCCUUUACCAAAUUACAGAUUCUCAGAAGAGGGUCUUCCAGGAGGUGACAUCGCCAAGCAGUUAAUGGAAGCAAUAAAAGCCAAGAAAGACUUUGAGGAACUUCAAGCUCUACUGAAUGAGAUAACUGCCAGUGCUAAUGGACAGUCUGAGGAUGGUGAUGCUCCUGCAACAGAACCAUCUUUCUCUGCUUUGAGAAUCGAAGUUUUGGUUCAUACGCUAUUGAAGUUGGGAUGUAAAUCAAUCAGCCAUUCUUUUAGUGCUCUUAUUAAGAAGAGAAGGAUCAGCUGGUGAAGAUGGAAGAACGAGCGACACGACAGAGUCUGAAUCCUGAUGAUAAACCAAGGGACGCCGCCUUGGCAGAAGAAAUCGAGAAGAAGAAAGUCAACGUUGAACAACUAUCCGAGAAACUCGAAAACGUGCAAAGAGAACAAAAACAGCUCUACCUUAUACUCUUUCAGCGAUUUAUUAUGAUGCUCACAGAACAUCUGGUGCGAUGCGAACAACAACAGAUGGAGGUGAUGACACCCUGGUUUAAAUAUGCAACAGAACGACUGAGGGAAGUCUUGCUCAUGAACCACGAUCAAGUCUUCCAGUAUCUAACAACAUUAGAAACUUUGCUAUUCACAAGUGACCUUCACCCUCAUAUCCUCGACUUAUUUACACAGUUUAAAGCUCUAAGGGCGUAAAAAACGAACUGUACUCGAUCCAUACACAGGAAUCCCAAUUAUCGUUGUGUUAAACUAAAAGAUAGAUUUAGAGUCACAUUAAUUUUUUAUUUGUCUUCAGUUUUUAAACAAGCAUUCGCUUGUCACGGCCUUGACUUUUUGGUUUAUAUCAUUUCGUUUACGAACUCCCUUAAAAAGGGAAUAUUAACUUUUCUAUGGUCUUUUUCAAUUUAUAAACUCUUUGGACUUUUUUCUCCAUGAUCUCAGAUUCAACUUACUCUUGCACUUACUACUGUUUGUGUGAUAUGCGAACUACUCCGUAGCUGCGAGCUGCAUGCUGGAAUGUUUUCUUUACUGACAACUUGGCAAUCAGUUUGUACCUUUUACUUUAUUCUACUGGCGUCAAAGAAAAGCAAAAUAUUGAGAUGUACUAGCUGUGCCACCUUGUAACUCGCACUUGUAAGAAUAAUGUAUACCUGGCUACAAGCCAAAAACACAAACAGUUUAACUCUUUUUAAUGAUUAUAAAUCAGGAUCGUUUUAUUGAGCUCUGUGAGCUGAUGAUCUUUAUCAUUGUGCUGUUAUGAUUUUUGUAAUUUUUAAGUACCCUGAUUUUCUUYGUAUUUCUGUUUUAAAAUCAAUAGCCUGUUGACUUUCUCAUUCAAAAACUGUAACAACUGCCACAUACAGGAAAGUAAAGUAUCCAAAAAAAAAAA